CUAGGCAUUAGUACACUUACAUAUAUGUAGUAAGAGCCACACUGACCUCUAGCGGAAGCGUCUGAGAAGUGCAGAACUGUUUCAAUGGCAACCAUCACAGAGUUGAAAACCGCUUUGCGAGAGACGCUGGAGGCCCGUGGGGUGCUCGGGCAGCUGAAGGCGAGGAUCCGGGCGGAGGUGUUCCGCGCGCUGGACGAUGAGAGCGCGCCGCGCCCGCCGCUGUCCCACGAGAACCUGCUGAUCAAUGAACUGAUCCGAGAAUACCUGGAGUUCAACAAGUAUCGAUACACUGCAUCUGUGCUGACCGCAGAAGCAGGUCAGCCUGAAGUUCCCCUAGAUCGGGAGUUCGUGGCCAGUGAGCUCAAUGUCGCAGAAGAUUCAUGUGCCAAAGCAGUGCCAUUGUUGUAUGGACUGCUCACUCAUUUCCUUAGCAGUAAAGGAGGGCACAAAGGAAAGCUCUUCCUAAGGUGCUCAGCAGCAGUGUCUUCACAAGAACCACAUGGCCAUCGUAAUGCAGAGUCAUAACACUGAGCUCUGCACCUAUCUCAAGAGGAAGUCAUAUGAUCACAAUUAAAACUAAACCAAAAAAAACCCCAAAAUAUUCUGUCCAGCUUACUCUGGGUAUAGAAACUGAAUGUAUUUUAUUUUAUACUUUGAUGUUACUUUUUUUUACUCCUAGUAAGUUUUAUGAAUAAAACCAUUUUGAUUGUUCUUCUAAAA